AUGAUCCAAGAUAACAUGCCUGUACCUCAACCUUCUCCCAAUCUCUCUGCUCCCAUUCUUUCUACACUCAAAAUGGAGGAAACACAAGGAACACAGAAUGAGGAAAAUCCAACACAGCAAGAGUGUCGAGCAGACUUGCGAGAGAGAUUCUUAUGGGCCGUUACUUCCUUGGUAGGAAAGGAAGCAACUAUCAACAUGCAUGAAAAGACACAUGCUAGUGGGAUAUUCCGUGGUAUCGAUAAAGACAUCCUGAGUAUGCACAUUCAGGACUUGAAAACCCCUUGCAUUGUCUAUCCUCGGGCAAUGAUUCGUGUACCUGACUGCAUGACGGUGCAUUUCAAGUUAUAG